AUUUUAGGCCAGGAGUUUUUGAAGCAUCGCAUUCUAAGACUAAUUCAACAAUAUAAAUAUGGAAAUAGGCCACUUGCAUAAUACUGAAAAUAAAAUAAAUGAAGUUAUGGUAUUAUAUUGACAGUCGCUCCAAUAUUGUAGCCUAGCCCACAAUAAAAUACAACAUUACAUCAGAUGAACACAGCGGACACUGGCUUCUGGUACUUAAGUGAUGAAAGCAGCAAAAUUAAAAUAAUAAUGUGUCUCUUACUAUCACAUGCUUGCAAUAUUUAUAUCUUGGCUUUGCAAGCCAGUAUCCUGUAACCCUAUACAUCUCUGAGUAGUCCAUGCACGCACUGAAUUUAGCCACACCACACUUGCCUGCAUGGCCUGGUGAGUUUAGUGAGUGUAGAGUUUAAUUUAAAUAAAUACAUAAAGUGCCGAAUCCACCAUUAGGCCUAUAGUAUACAUUAGAUUUGUCUGUAUUCAUUGUAAUCAUGUUAUUUUUGGAUGAUUCCUUCUCUGCCAGCUAGUUCCCCGUGAUAUUUUGCGAUAAUUGUCACAUGCCAUCAAUGACAGACAGUCGGAUGAUUUAGUCGAGUGCAUUCUACUUGACGGCUCUCUUACUUAGGUUACUUUUUCAGUGGACUAUAGCCUCUUCCAGAAUGACAUGAGACAUGGUGUUGUGAAAACAGAGCUAGCUUCCUUUAGAGUCAGUGCCAUGUCUGUGUGUAUUUGCCUCCGCAUUACUCUUCUGUGACGGCUCUUAAUAUUUCCACGAAGGUGAGGAAAAGAUGGGGAAGAAGGAUGCAACCACUGCUAAGCUGCCGGUCGAUCAGUACCGCAAACAGAUCGGGAAGCAAGACUACAAGAAGACCAAAGUGGCUCUAAAAGCCACAAGACUGAAGGCUGACGCCUUGAGGAGCGCGCCAGGGAUCAAGGACAUCUUACUGGUCGUCGUGGCGAUCCUGGUGUUUGUGCUUUGCGUGUAUGCAUUUUUCUACCUCAACCUGAGUAUGGAACUGGACCUGGACAAUGACGUGGACUAAAGGAGGUUUGGCUGCGGUGCUCGUGGUGAUGCCUGAAUGUCACCUGCAACCAUCGCACAACCAGCGAGUGGAGAUCUCUGAGGCUGUGACCAAGCUCAUAUCUCUACCUGUGUGUUUGCAUCCAUGACAAUCCUUUACAGCCCCUGAGCGAUGCUUGAAGAUUCACAAGAAGCAAAAAGCAAAGCUUGCAGCCAGUGAAGGGCUCAUUUUGAAGACCGGAAUAGCAUACUGUGUGUGUGGAUGUAAGACGAAAUAAGAACUCUGGAUUGCCUUGUUUAGAGAUUAUAUUCCAUUGUUCACUGUUGAAGAUUUGACACUUAUUCUGUUUGCACUCAAUCACAUUGUUUCGAUUUGCUUUUGAAUUUUGUUUCACAUUUAAAUUUAUUGUGAUUAUUUUCUAUCCCAAUGUUUCUUUUUUAAUAAAUAUUGAAGGAUCUUUAAAA